AUCCUGCCUUUGUCUGGGCUGGGAGGCAGCAUGCGGACCACCUUACGGACAGGCCAGAACCUCAGCAUGCCGUUCAUUUACAACAAAGACAUGCCGCUCAUUUUCAUCGGUGGCGUACCCCGUAGCGGGACCACACUAAUGCGAGCUAUGCUGGACGCCCACCCUGAGGUCCGCUGCGGCGAGGAAACCCGCGUCAUCCCACGCAUCCUGGCCAUGAAACAGAUGUGGAGCCGCUCGGGUCGGGAGAAGAUGCGCCUGGACGAGGCCGGCGUGACUGACGAGGUGCUGGACGCCGCCAUGCAGGCCUUCCUGCUGGAAAUAAUCGUCAAGCACGGCGAGCCCGCCAACUUUCUGUGCAACAAGGACCCAUUUGCACUGAAAUCUCUUUCCUACCUGGCCAAAAUAUUUCCCCGUGCCAAGUUUGUGCUCAUGAUCAGAGACGGUCGGGCGUCGGUCCAUUCCAUGAUCUCACGAAAGGUGACCAUUGCUGGGUUUGACUUGGGGAGCUACAGGGACUGCCUGACCAAGUGGAACCGGGCCAUAGAGACGAUGUACACUCAGUGCCUGGACGCUGAAGACAAAUGCCUGCCUGUGCACUAUGAACAAUUGGUGCUGCAUCCUGAAAAAUGGAUGAGGACACUGCUGAAGUUCCUUGAUAUUCCCUGGAAUGAUGCCGUUCUCCACCACGAGGAGCUCAUAGGGAAAGCUGGAGGAGUGUCCCUCUCCAAGGUGGAGAGGUCCACAGACCAGGUCAUCAAGCCAGUUAAUGUGGAGGCCUUGUCCAAGUGGGUGGGAAAGAUCCCAGCUGAUGUGGUGAGGGACAUGGCCGUCAUCGCCCCUAUGCUGUCCAGGCUAGGCUAUGACCCACAUGCCAAUCCCCCAAACUAUGGCCAACCUGACCCCAAAGUGCUGGACAACACUAGAAGGGUCUAUAAAGGUGAAUUUCAGCUCCCAGAUUUCCUAAAAGAGCAGCCACAGAUCCAGAAGGCUGCAGAGAGGCCCAAUCCCAGUUAAGAGCAGAGGCAGCGUGGGCACCAAAACACAGUCUCACCACUCGCUGCAAAGGAACAGCGCAUCGCCGA